CUAUCAGCAUUAAAAAAUCGUGUGAACUGUGAACAUCAUCUAUUAUAGUAUUAUUGGUAUGUGAACAAUUUAUUUCGUCAAAUCAAUCAUUGUACUAUUUAUCUAAUGUAGUUAUGUUAUUACUAAUGAGCUCGAUGCAUGACAAAAUAGAUGGUCAUAGUUAUGGUUCGAUGUUCCAUUCUGUUCCAUCAAACUCAUCUUAGUGAAUAUUUUAAAUUACGUUUCUCUUUUCGUUAGUAUAAUUAUGUUUAACGUCGUAGUCUAGAUUUAAACUCCCUAAAAUAGAUACUCGUAAAUAAUUACAACUAUGUGGACUAUAUUCUCAAGAGAUUCAUCAAAAGACUUUCCGUACGAAAUCAGUGAAUCCCCAAGUUAUAGAUUCAACGAAAAAAGUCUGUGGAAAUUGAAUAAAGGGAAAAAGAAGAACACGACACAAGAAGUUUCUAUUUUUGAAUUUUUAAUCAAUGAUGACAUUCCAGGAAGUGAAACCCGUUCAGCUCUUGCUAAAUCAGCUGUAAAACAUUUGAAGACUUUAAAACAUCCAAAUAUUCUUAGUUUUUUGGAAAGCUCUGAAGUUAAAUCUAUAAUAUAUUUAUCUACUGAAUAUGUUGAGCCACUUGAAUCUUUUAUAUCGUCUCAAAACAAUCUUCAUACAGAUAUUAUGAAACAAUACAUUGCUUGGGGAAUAUCCAAUAUAAUAGAUGGAUUAAAAUUUUUAAACUUUGAAGCAAAACUCUGCCACAAUAAAGUUAAUAUUUGGUCAGUGUUCGUAAAUAAAGCUGGACAAUGGAAAUUAGGUGAAUUAGAGUACAUGAAUUCCAUUGAAAAUUCUCCACCAUCUUAUGCUAGUGGUUUAUAUUGUGCUCCUGGAAAUCAGCGGCAAUCACAGUUUUCAAUUGAUAUUUGGGGUCUUGGUGUAUUAAUAUGGGAAGUAUUCAAUGGUCCAUUAAGUAAUCAGUCAGCCUUAAAAAUUUCAAAAAAGAUUCCUAAAGAAAUUUUGACAAUAUAUCCAAAGUUGAUAGCUGUAGAUCCUAUGAACCGUCCAUCGUAUGAUACUGUUAUUUCUACAUUACGAGAACAAGGAUAUUUUGGUAAUGAUUUGGAAAAAACCAUGACAUCAUUGAGUCAAUACCAUAUAUUGGAUGAUUUUCAACGAACAGCAUUUCUUGAGAAAUUGCCUAGCUUAUUGGAAACAUUUCCCAAAAAUAUAGCCCUGUACAAUGUAUUACCUAGUCUUCUUGAAAUGUUUAAUUAUGUUAAAGAACAAAAAGUUAUAUUCCCUCCAAUGAUAAAGUUAAGUACUAUGUUAGAUGAUCAGGAGUUUGAGGAGAAAAUAGUACCCUGUAUUAUUAAACUAUUCGAGUCCAAUGAUCGAGCUACCAGAUUAUUAUUACUUAAUUCAAUUGAACUGUAUGCAAGCCGAUUAAACGCUGAUUUACUAAAUACAAAUAUAUUCCCACUAUUAGUAAGUGGUCUGGCUGAUGCUAGUCCAACUAUAAGAGAAUUGACUGUUCGAAGUAUGGUUCAUAUCAGCUCAAAAUUGAAUUAUAAUAAUUUAAAUGUGGAGUUAAUGCGGCAUUUUGCUCGCUUACAAAUGAAAGAUGAUCAGGGUAGUAUAAGGACCAACACCACUGUGUGCUUAGGUAAAAUAGCUCAACAUUUAGACCCAAAAAAUAGAAGUAAAAUAUUAACCUCAGCAUUUAGUCGUGCACUCAAAGAUCCAUUUCAACCUUCAAGAAUGGCAGGUGUUUCAGCAUUUUCAGCUACUCAACAGUAUUAUCCUUUGAUUGAAGUAUCAACCAGAGUAUUACCAGCAUUAUGUCAAGUAACUCUUGAUCCUGAAAAAGGAGUACGAGAUAUUACCUUUCAAACAAUCAAAGGAUUUUUAGGAAAGCUCGAAAAUGUAUCAGAGGAUGCAAGACUAAAAGAAAAAUUAGAAGAAGAAGUCAUCAAUACUACAAAUCCAGCCAUACCCACUUGGGCAGGAUGGGCCGUUACCACAGUAACUUCUAAAUUUUAUUCAUCGAAAACUUCUCAGAAAGAUGAAAAGUCAAUUGAACUAUCAAAAAAUAUCUCAAUCAAUACAAAUGUGAACAACUCUGAACAGAUGUACAGCAAUUUAAUAAAAGACAAUACUGUGAAAAAUGUGUACAACGAGAGACAAGUUGAAAAUAUAAAUACCAUACAGAACUCACUAAAUCAAAAAAAUGCCAUGGACGAUUCUACAUCAUCUAAUGGCUGGGAUGAUGAUUCUGGAUGGAAUGUUGGAGAUGAUUGGGAAAGUAUUGGUGUUGAUAAUUCGAAUUCUGUAAAAGAUAAAUCUGAUUUCGGUUGGGAAGAUCAAGAGCCUAUUUUACUAGAAAAUUCUGAUGAAGCUGCAAAAAAAGCAGAAGCUGAGUUGUUAAAAGAAGAAAUGCGUAAAAAACGUGAAGAAAGAAAACAAGAACGUAUAAGACAAUUAGAAUCAAAACGUAACAGCAAACAAUCAUUAAAAUUAGGCGGUAAAAGAUUAUAAGUUAUAACUAAGAAAAAUAGUUAAAACAAAAGAACGUUUAGAUUUUAUUAAGAACUAUAUAUAAUAUUUAAACAAAUCAAAUACAUGAAUUAUUGUGACUUUUUAAUUUAUGAAUGUAUUUAAUGUACUUUUAUAGCAUAUUCUUACCUGUUCUUAGUAAUAUUUUGUGUAAAAUGAUUUAUCAUAUUUUGUUGUACUAAUUGUAAAUGACUUUAAAGCCAGGUUGCAUGAACAUUCAUUAAAUAUUUAAUGAAUCAAUAACACCUAUUGAAUAAAUAAAAAAUUAUUCGUUCUCUUAGAGUUCAUUAAACAUUCAAUAGUGUUAUUGAAUUAUUAAACUUUCAGUUAAUCAUUAAUUUAAAUAAUGGUCCGAUUUUGGCUUAUUAAAUUUUAGUCAGUCAUUAAACUUGUUGUUAUUCUAUUAUGUCUAUUAAGUAAAACAGUCAAAGAGUUUCUAUAACUUUUCUUAUUAUAGGCUCAGACUUUAACAUUAACUUUGUUACCGUGUUUAAAACCAUAGCAUUUUUAUUGAAUUAUUUGUACCAUGGACUAAGAUAUAAUAUAUAUAAAUAUUAUUAUAUCUCAAUCUGUGAUUUAUGCAGCCCAAUUAGAUUAGUAAAAUAAAACCGGUUAAAUUAAUAAAUCGGUUCAAUAAAACCGUUGAUUAAAUAAAUUUAAAAAAUGGUUUAAUGCAACCUGGUUUAAAAAUUAUACAUUAAGAUAACAUACUUUGAAUAGGUACCUAAUUAUUUACUGGACUUUUCUUUAAUACCAUAUUUUUGCAAAAAAUUAUUUGUUUAUCAACUGCAAAUGAAUAGUAUAUGAUUAUUUUAUUUAAAAUAAUAAAAAUAAUUUUCUUAAAUGAUUUAUAAUAAAACAGUUGAUCUUAUUGAAAAAGUCCCCUGUCCAUCAUGAUUUUGUCACUGUUAGAAGGUUACAGUAGCACAAUAACCGCCUCUGAUAGAGAUGCCUAAUAUGGGGUCUCAGAUUUCAGAGGCAUCCCAUGCUUCUUACUGCUUAAUGACACUAAGAAUAAUGAAAUGUAUAAAUAUUUAAAUAUGAUAAAAACCAAAAUUAAUGUACUGAUAUUAUUGGUUUUAUAUUAAUUAUUAGUAAUUAAAAAAUUUUAAUUUUAAAUUCUUACUUAUUUUUAUAAUACAAAUUAAAUUGUACCUGCUUAUUAAAUAAUAUUACAGUUUAAGGAUGAGAAGAAUAAAUAAUAAAGUAUAAUAUUAUAAAGAUAAUAAGUAUAAUUUCAGUGGAGUACAAAAAAAAAUUCAUUAUUCAAUAUUGAUUUACUUGAUUAAAUAAUAAUUUCAAUUGUAUUUAAACAAAUUAAGAUUUAUUAUUAAUUUCAAAAUUCAAGUUUCAUAUGAUUUUGAUACAUAUUUAUAAAAUGUGUAAUUAUUUAAUUUUUUAUGAUAAUCUAGUGAAAAUUAUUUGUAAUAACUAAUAAUUAUCAAACUAGGCAAGUACAAUUUUUUGUAAAACAAUUUUCUAAUUUAUCAUUGAAAAUGCUUCAAUUUACAUAGGCUUUAUCAACACAUGCUUAGGUGUCAAUUUUUGGUUAAAGAAAUUCCUUUUUAUUGAAGUCUCAAAAUUCUAACUAUUUCACUAACAGGAAACUCUUAAAAUUUACUAUUCAUUUGGAACAAGAUAUCAAUCAAGAUAAAUAUCCCAACAUUGUAUUCUUGGAACUUUUAACAAAUAAUAGUACAAUAUUUUUAAGAGAUUUAAUACAAAUAUGUAUUAAAAAAAUAAAUGUAUAGUUUAUUGAAAUGUUUACCUUGCAAUAAUUUGUAGACACAAUAUUAAAAUUAAGUAGAUAUAUUGUAUAACAAAUAAUAAUUAUUAAUAUUUAUACCCAAUGAUAUUAUUAAAUAAAAAUGUAUACUUGUAAAUUGUUAUACCCUCUACUCUUACAAACACAUAUUUUUAUUUCUAUAGAAAAUGUUUGUUCUUAUGUAUUGUAGAAUCUUGAUUAUCUGUACUCGCGAUUAACCGUGCUUCCUCUUUCAAAUAUUUGUAUGUACCAAAAGUUAAGAAAUAGGCAUGUAAACUACAUAACGGUUACCGGUAUUUUACCCGAAUCGAAAUUUUCGAAUGAACUUUUUUCCUUGUGAUAUUUUAUACUGUAUGUCCGUACAUAACAUUAUAUUGUAGUCUACGUAGGUUAAGAAUGAUAAAUAAUGAUAAUUAAUUAAACAAUGUGUUGACUGUGUUAUAAAUAGGGUUAAGAAAAAUUAAUUACUCUACAUUUUAAGCCCUAAUAUAACUUUAUAACAAGACAAUAUACACACAUAUAUAUACAAUUUUGUUAAAUAA